UUUUUUGUUGGCACGCCAUCGCUCGUUUGCCCACUCGCACAAUAAGAUAUAAGUGAGCGAUAAUGAGCGAAUGCACAACAACGCUAGGGCUGCCAGGGCACGCGAGCGGCACGCCGCUUGCCAAUGGCGCCGGCGCAGCAGACCCAGCUGAGCUUGCGGAGGAAGACUCGUCGCAACCUGGGGACUCUUCGUCGCUAGAUGACGAGGAGCCGUCCACCUCGGGACGGGGCGAUGCGGGGGUCAGUGGUGCGGACAGCGGGCCAGGCCACAAGGGCAAGCGGGAUGAGGCGUGGAAGGCCAAGCGGGACGAGGCAUGGGAGGCGCGGCGCCGCUUUAACAACCUGAGGCGGAGAGAGAAGUUUGCGGCCAAGAAGAAAGCCAAGGCUGCAGCCGCCAGGGAGGAGGAGGAGGCGCUGUUAGCAGCGAUGACGCCCGAGGAGGUAGAGCAGUGGCGGGCGGCCAGGGAGGUCGCCAAGGCGGAGCGGGCGGCGGCGUACGCCGAGCAGGCGGCGCGGGUGGAGGCGGCGCUGGCCAAUGGCGGGCCGGGCUCGGGGCCGGAUGUGGCGCUGCGGGUAGUGGUGGACUGCUCCUUCGCGCCCAGCGCGCCGCCCAAGGAGAUGCGGAGCCUGGUAAAGCAGCUGGAAAACGCAAACAUGAUCAACAAGUCCUUCCCCAAGCCCGCCUGCCUCACCGUCACUAACUGGCUCGAGCCGCUGGCGUCAGUGGCAGCCACUGCGGGCGCCAACGGCUGGCGGGUGGUGAAGCUGGAGCAGGGGCCGGCGGCGGCCUUCGGACCCGACCGGGUGGUGGUCCUCAGUCCGGACGCUGAGGAGCCGCUGGAGGCGGUGGACACGGCACACGUGUAUGUGGUGGGGGGCAUUGUGGACCGCACAGUGCGCAAGGGCCUCACCGUCAAGUUCGCGGAGACCGAGCGCGUGGCGUGCCGGCGGCUGCCCAUCCGUGAGAACGCGGAGCAGCUGGGUCUGGGCAAGGGCGUCACGAAGAACCCUGUGUUGAACAUCGACGACGUGGUGCGGGCGCUGCUCGUGUUCCACGACACGGGCGACUGGGUGAAGGCCCUGGAUGUCGCCAUCCCACUGCGCAAGCGCAAGCCGCAGACCAUGGGCUUCACGCCGCCCGUGUCCCGCGGCGCCACACCCGGGGCCGAGGCGGAGGCGGAGGUGGAGGUGGAGGCGGAGAUGGGAGCCGCGGCUGUGGACGUUGCAGGGCAACAGGAGGUGCUGCAAGGAGAGCAGCAGGCGGUGGUGGCAGACGCGGGGAGAGCGUAGCGUGGGCGGUGGGAAAGAUGAGAAGGGGUCCGCGGGUCGGAACCGGACCAACCGAACUGGAAAACCAGACGCAAGGUCGACCUCGGCGUUCUUUACUAGGUUUUUGUUGCGAGGGACCAAUCAAGAGUGUGACAUAUUGAGGGUGAUGCUCUGUUUAGCCUUAUCCCUCGAUCGUUCGUUGUCAGCGUGUAGGCUCGCUGAGGCUGAGGUUGCCUGAACGAGGACUCGAUACGGUGCAUGCUUAGGAGCGGUGCCGGGUUUCUACCAUAAACUG